AUGUUGAAUGCUUACAAUUCUAAGUUCUUAACGAGUUCUUUUGUGCCAACAGGCUUUGUAGAGAAUGAAAGUUUUGAUAAAUUUGGUGAAGAAAAUUUUCAAUAUUGUCUUUCUUCUUCUGUCUCCUCAGUUCCUAUUCUACCACCUACAAACGAGACAGAACUUCAAUCCUGGGAUUCAUGGGGUUUAGAUGAAUCUCAAGGUCGCAAUCGUGUUAAACAAGAGUCUCCCCAACCAGAACCAGAAAUUGAUUUCUUCCAAGGAAUGACUCCAACCAUUAAAAAGACAACAAAGAUUCUUAUCAAGAAGAAGGAUAUGGACAAUAGUGACAAUAGUUCAAAUCGCUUGGCAAUGAAUUCAGAAUUUCCAGUGUCGGAACAAGAACUUGGGGUGUGGGAAGAAGCCUUACCCAGCUGGGAAGAAGCCAGUGAAGAUUUGACAUGGCAAGCAGAUGCAACAAUCAAAGAGAAGAAACGAGCUGAACGGGAAGCUCGGCAGAUGGAGCAACAGAGACGGAAAAUUGAAAAAGAGUCUCUGAGAGCAAUCAAGAAAGAAUGCACAUUUUCUGCUGUACGUUUAUCUUGA